AUGCUAGAAUCACGUAACAGUGAAUUCCACCUUAUCGAGAUACGUAAGCAAGAGCUUGAAGAGGAGCUAGCCACUGCUCGUGAAUUGUCUGCAAUGCACGAUCGUCUCAGAGCGGAACUGGAGGAUACUCGCAAACAACGCGAUGAAAUUGAGACCUUGGUGACUUCGCUGACGGAGCGUGCCGAAAGAGCCGAAAAGGCCUUAGAAGAAGACCGCGCCCUUCUGAAGGAAGAACGCUCCAGUCUUGAAAAAUCCGUGGAAGAGCGAAAGGAAAAGGAACUUUUAGUUUCUCUUUCUUCUGAGAGCGAGAUGGAGAGAAGGGUCAUCGCGCACGACAACAUGGCAUCGCUGUCGCAGUUGAGUGCACAAACAGCCGGGGAGAUCUGCACGAGUGAUGAGAUUCAGCAGCUUCGCUCUGAAAUUGCUUACCUGAAUGAAAUGAAUACCGAGCUGACAGCAAAAAUCAAUCACUUGGAGACGGAAAAUUACGCUGUUAAGAUGACGAGAGAUGAGGCUCAGCGGUUGCUCGGUGAACUGAAAAUCGCUGGUGAAACAAUGCAAGGAAGGAUAGAUGUAUUAGAUAGACUGGGAGGAUCUGGAGAUGAAGCGCAUGACGUGCAUAUGGGUGCAGGGGAUGUUCAGCUGGAAAACAUUCGUCUCAACGAGGAACUAAAGAGGAACAUGGAAGAGAUUGAGGUGGCUCGAAAUCAUCGUGCUGCAUUAGAAAAGGAACUUCUUGAGCUGAAAUCUCUGCUUGCUGUACGACAGUCGAAGUCUGAUGGAGCAGAGGUGUUCAUUCCUGCAGCGGACGAAAACUCAACUGAAACCCGUGGAGAUGACGAGUCGCAAGCGGACGAAUCUCAGUCCCGGAUUUCUCUUUUGGAAGAACAGCUUAAUGUCCAGCUGAAAGAGGUCGAUCGCUUAACUGAACUUGCAUCCAGUGAACGCCGUCGUGCUGACGAAGCUCUAGAAGAUAUCAAGGACAAGCUGGCUCAGCAGGAAUCCCUAAUGGAUGAAAUAAAGCAAAAAGAUGUUGUGAUCGCUAGAAUGGAAGAAGAAGUGAAGCGAGUGCAGGCUGAGGAGAAAACGGCGAGAUCUCAGUGCGAAGAUUCCGAAAAUCACUGCAGGCAGCUGGAAAGCCGCCUAGACGAACUACUGAUGGAGCUGGACAGAUCGCAUGCUACAUUCAAUGAGGAACGUGCACGAGCGGAAAGUGAACUGACAGAGUUACAAAAUUCUAAACAUGAAGCCGAGUCUCAGAUAGCCGAGAUAUCAGAAAAACUGAAGAUUUCUGAAGAAGCAUUGCUCUCGAAGGAGCAGGAACUUGAGUUGCUCAGAAAUAACGUGAGUGUGCAGACAAAGGCUUUUGAGGACGAAAUUUCUGAAUUAAAGGAAGAAUUGAAAGAGUGUGCUGCAUCUGCGGCUGUAGCAUCGGAAAGUUCAACAGCCUCUCUUCGACAAGUACAGAAUAGCCUGAUUGAGGAGGAGAAGCGCGUUCUGGAACUACGUCAAAAGCUCAAGGAAGAACAAGCACAAUUAUCAACCCUACAGUCGGAAGCGAAACAAAGAGAAGAACAACUGAAGAGCGAGAUGAAGUUGCGACAAGAUCAGGCUUCUCCAGCGGCGUCUAAGAUCCGUGAAUUAGAAGAAAUUAAUGAUAAAAUGCGAUUAGAAUUCAUAGCAAAGGCGAGUGAACGCCAUUAUUGUCGUUUGCCGCUUACAUACGCAGGCCUCAUUCACAUUUACUUCGUAAUGAAGCACAGCAAGCACAUUUUGGAGAAAGUAAUCAGUGAUCUCCGUGAAGAAAUUGAUAGAAUCCAUGCAGAGCACAAAGAAAGUGUUGCAGCUGAGCACAGCAAGCUUCAAGAUGCUCAGGCUAAAAUAGCACAACUGACUGCAAGUGAAGCAGAAGCCACAAAGUUGUUGAAUGACGUGCAGUUGAGUAUGGCCAACGCCGAAGAG